AUGGCCAAUAUCGAUUCUGAACUCAAAGAUAUUGGAAAAAAACGUGGAUUAGAAAUAUGGAGAAUAAAUAAAUUCAAACUUGAACGUCUGCCUGAAGAACAAUUUGGAAAUUUUUACAGUGGUGAUUCAUAUAUCGUCUUAUAUACAAAGAACCCAGGAGAAUGGAAUGUCCAUUUUUGGCUUGGUAGCGAGACUUCCACGGAUGAAAGAGGAGCUGCUGCUAUAAAAACUGUCGAACUGGACCAGGCUUUGGGUGGUUUACCAACUCAGUAUAAAGAAGUGGAAGGACAUGAAUCCUCGCUUUUCUUGUCAUAUUUUAAGGAGGGAAUAAAAUACUUGAAGGGUGGUGUUUCAUCUGGGUUCAAGCAUGUCAAGGAAAACAAAUAUGAAGACUGGAAGCCACGAUUAUUCCACUGUAAGGGUAAACGGAAUGUACGAUGUGUUCAGGUGGAUUGUAAUUUCAAUUCUCUCAAUCUUGGUGAUGUGUUCAUUUUGGAUUGUGGACUUGACCUUUACGUUUGGAUACCACCCGAAAGUGGACGACUUGAAAGAAUUAAGGGAAUGUCUCAAGCGAAAAAUAUUCGCGAUAAUGAACGAACUGGUAAACCUAGAAUACACGUCCUUGAUCAAGAUUGGGAUACAAAUACCGACUUUUGGCGAAUAAUUGGUGGUGAUAAGAAAAAAAUUAAAUCUGCUGAACUAGGUGGAGUAGAUGAGAAUUAUUGGCGAUCAAGUCGAGAUACAAUUUCAUUGUGGAGAGUUUCGGAUGCAAGUGGCAAAAUGGAAGUAAAUAUAGUUGCAGAUGGAACUUUCCAGUAUUCCCAACUUGAUUCCAAGGAUGCAUUUAUUCUGGAUGCAGGACAUGGAGGAGUUUUUGUUUGGAUUGGCAAAGAUUGUACAAUAGAUGAACGCAAAAGAGCUAUGCAAUGGGCAAAUUCUUAUCUGCAAAAAAUGAAUAAACCAGAAUGGACUCAAGUAACUCGAGUAUUAGAAGGUUCUGAACCAGCGAUUUUCACGCAAUGGGCUAGCUCAUGGGAAGGAGCUAAGACGAAACAAAUUUUUCAGCCAAAGUUAUUCCAAUGCAGCGAUGAGAGUGGAAAUCUGGUCGUUGAAGAAAUUUCAAAUUUCACGCAAGAAGAUUUGGAUGGUGAUGAUGUAAUGAUCCUUGAUGGUUUAUCUAUCAUUUAUGUGUGGGUUGGAACUAAAGCGAAUGUCAAUGAAAAGAAACAUGCUGAGAGCACUGCCAAGAAAUAUCUUGAAACCGAUAAUAUACCCCGACAUAAAACUGUUAUCGAAACUAUUUACCAAGGCAGUGAGACCCCCGCAUUCAAGAAAUUUUUCAAGACUUGGGACGAUAAAUUGUUCACUACUGAUGUUCGUUCUUUUGCGAAUAUGCGAAAACUGAUGUUCUCGAACUGA